AUGGCAAAGGGAAGCAACAAAACCGGUCUCUUAAACUUCCUUGCACGUGAGUGGUCACAAAAUGCGGUUUACGCCGAGAAAAUCAAAGAACGCACUCUCUUUAUCACUCAUGGAGACAAUUGCACCAAACUCUCCGCCUCUGAUGGUACAAUUACUGCAUGCACAGUCUUCGAACUUUGCAGCAAUCAAGAAGAAGCUGAUACAAGGAUGCUUCUCCACGCAAAUCAUGCUUCUCAAAAUGGACAUCAGCACAUUGCUAUAAGGUCAUCUGAUACAGAUGUAGAAGUUCUAGCUUGCUAUUACUAAGCUGUCAUUACUGCUGACAUAACAUUGAUCAGCGGCACUAAAAGCAGAUCUCGCAUUGUGAGUAUCCGACAAGUAUGUGAAAAGCUUGGCCGAGAGAUAUGUGAAGUACUUCCAAGCCUACAUGCCAUAACCGGUUUUGAUAGUGUCAGUGCCUUUGCUACCAAAGGAAAGAAGAAAGCACUUGAUAUUGUACAGUUGAAUCCAGCUCUGAGGCAAAUUGUCAGUAGUCUUGGUGAGAGGCUCCCUCCUAAUGAAGAAGAUUUAAAGAAGAUGGAACGAUUUGUUUGUGCCUUGUACAAUGAUCCUAGAUGCAAUGAUGUAAACGAACUCAGGUACAAGUUGUUUUGCAAAAGAAAAAACCUGCAGUCACACCAGCUUCCACCAACCAAAGGAGCUCUGACAUACCACCUCAAGCGUGCUAACUAUCAGGCCUUCCUCUGGAAGCAUGCCCUAGAGACACAAACGGACCAGGCGCCCGAUGGCCAUGGUUGGCAGAUGAAAGAAGGCCAACUGGAAAUCUACUGGACUAACCAGGCACCAGCCCUCGAUGCUGUGAUGGAGCUUGUAUGCUGCGGCUGCAAAGGAUUGUGUCAAACACGACGCUGCUCUUGUGUUGGCAAUGGUCUUCCCUGCACUGAGGCAUGCUAA